CCUGCUAAAACAGAACAACUUAUAGUACACCCCCCCCCGAAAGCUUUGACAAAACAAUCAUAAGUUGUUCCUUCAGUAGGGUUCACUCAACGUAGACGAGGUCGGAGUCCACACUCACCACAACCGGAAGUCAGACGAAGUGUCACCCAUACACGGCCACUCAAAGGAUCGUUUAUUUUAAAACAUGGCGGACGCAGACGAUGUGCAUUUGGCAGAAUGCAGUAACUCCCACGUAUUUAUUUUAUGUAAUUACUCGUUUAAUGAUGGAAGAGAGAUUCAGCCUGGCUUCAAAACGGACGCGGCACUGAUAAAAGAAACGUUUGUUUCCCUGGAAUUUAACACAACCGUGUACUAUAACUUAGAAGCAGGGAAAAUGUCGUCAUUGUUUAGUAUGUUUAAACAUCUGGACGAAGAUACUGACUGUCUGUUGAUAUUUCUGAUAACGCACGGCUCCUUCGUUGGUGUGAAAGGUACGGAUGGAAAAACCAUAACUGGAUACGACAUUAUGAAAGAGUUAAGCAAUGAAGACUGUCCUAACCUGGCUAACAAACCAAAAAUGAUUUUCCUCAGCACCUACGAGUCUGAUGACGGUGUGCAGAGAAUACAACGACCGAUGUACCCAGACAUGCUGAUUGUGACAUCAUCAGUUGAUACGUCAGCGUAUGACGCUGCCAUAAAAGAUGGGUGUCAAUACACGGCCGAUAUUUGUAAAUACGUUAAGAAAAAAUGGAAGAAACACGAUUUGAGUGAUAUUUUACAAAUAGCGACAGAAGCAAGUAAAGCUCGUGACGUCAGAGAAAAAAAGACGGGUAUUGAUCCACACGUAAUGAGUACCCUGAGAAAACCGCUUAGGUUCAAAUGA